AUGUCCGGGGCAAGGAGCGAAAGAUCGCAACCGGGACGCGAACGGUCGUCGACAAACCCCGUUUCGCCCACAAACCCUGUAUCGCCGAGAAACCCUGUUUCGCCGACGAGGGCCCGUGUAUCUGUGGAGGGAGAUCCAGUCUCGCCGACGAGAGGAUACUUUGGCGGCAAUGAAGGCGUUGAAAUCGAGGGUAUGCGACGACGCAGCACGGCAUCGCGACGGAGUGGAAACUCCGUGCCCAGCCUGGCUCCUCGAACGACCCUUGCCCAAAGAACGACCGGCAAGUUUACUCUGGCUGGCCCAGAAGAGACGCCACAGUUGCGACUGUCUCAUGAGCCCUUCGUGGCACCUGGAUAUGGCGACCUCAAUCCAUCAUACGAACAACCAAACAAUGCGAAGCCGGUCUGGUCUUUGGCCAAGCCUCUGCCGCGUGUAGUGCGGCCGGGUAUGGUGCCGACAAAGGAAGAGCUGCUUCAGAAUCGCCAGAAUGCGCAGCUACCGGCGGAGAACUCGCAGAAGAUAGGACUUGAUGUCGAUCCCAACGAGCUCGAGAUGGGAAGAAUCGAAAAGACUGCCGACCCGAGGAUCAUGGCAGCACAGGUGGAGGAUGCACGGUUGCAGCGUGAGCAAAACUUCAUGAACAAAAUCUUGAACGGUGAGACUGCUACCCAGAGACCUGGGUCGCGUAUUUCUCGUACCUCGUCGAUGCGCAUGAGGCGUCCGUCUCAACGGAACAACCAAUCCCAGGAGCAACUGUCGACAGUUGAUGAGGGAGCAAACCCAUCAGUUGAUGAUAAUGAACCGUCACGGCCCCCUGAGUACUAUACCGAUGAUCCUCUGCAGCCUGUGCCCGAGGAACCCGAGAUUCUGGAUGAUCAGGGUAAAUUUGACUUCCCUUCCCUCGACGAAGCAACCUGUCCUGAAGAUCUUCACCCACUGGUGCAGGAACUCGUCGAAGACGAAGUGCACAACAACCACACCACUUGGUCCGUCAUUCGCACCCACCACCGCGAAGCCCUGGCCGAGGCCCUGGCCGUCUUCGUUCAGCUUACCAUCGGCUUUUGCGCGGACUUGUCUGUGACCGUCGCUAAUGCGGGCAACCCUAACACCACUGACUGGGCCUGGGGCUUCGCCACAAUGAUGGGUAUUUACAUUUCUGGUGGUAUUUCCGGUGCUCACCUUAACCCGGCCGUUACUAUCAUGUUGUGGUUCUACCGUGGAUUCCCCAAGCGUUUGAUGCCGGAGUACUUCGCAGCUCAGUUCAUUGGCGCCUUCUGUGCCGGUCUCGUCGCCUACGGUAUCUACUAUGAGUCGAUUCAGUACUACCUGGCCUCAAACGCCGACACCGGUAUCAUUAAUAGCUUCGUCACUGGCCAGCGUGAGAAAUGGAUUAAUCCUCAGACGGCCUUUUUCAACGAGUUCGUCGGCACAGCAUUCCUGGUUGUCACAGUCCUGGCUCUCGGUGAUGACCAGAACGCCCCGCCAGGUGCCGGCAUGAAUUCCUUCAUCAUUGGUCUGGUCAUUACCUGUCUGAGUAUCGCAUUUUCCUAUCAGACCGGUGCUGCCUUGAAUCCUAGCCGUGACUUUGGUCCACGUCUUGCGCUUCUUGCCCUGGGCUAUCCCAGUGAACUCUUCUUGAACGCCUACUGGUUCUACGGACCGUGGGUUGGUGCGAUCAGUGGUGCCUUUGGUGGAGGCUUCCUAUACGACUUCUUCAUCUUCACCGGCGGAGAGUCACCUGUCAACUACCCCUUGGAGCGAAGCCAGCGCGCGUUGAGAAAGAGCCGCAUGAAGUGGAAAAAGCGACUGCAUAUUGGCAAGAAGCAAGAAGAGCAGACGGCUGUUGCAUGA